UUAUCCUUCGUCCUUAGCGAACAAACGAUGUUCAUUCUCUAAAAUUCCCUUCGUCCUUAGCAAACCCUAGUCUGAAAUUGCCACACCUCCGACCAUCGCCGCAUCCUUCUCCAUUGUGACCACCGCCGCACCUCCGACCACCACCGCACCUCCGACGACGCGAUUUCAACCACCGGCUUUUGACGACGACUCUGGAGCAACAUUCACGCCGGAGCUUCUCUCAUUCUGCUGCCUCAGACGACGCGAGUUCCCCGCUGUCACUACUGGAAUCCGACGGUGCCACCGCCCUCUGUGGCCCCGCGACCUGUACUCAGAUUUCGGUAAGGCAGCAAAAGCUCGUCGCCGUCGCUCCCUUGGCUUGACUAAACAGCUAGGAGUAAAAUCGAAGUAGUGAAGUCUUUAAACCAAAGGCAUUGUCUCUGACUUGCAAUAAGGACAUGUCAUUUGCGUCGAGCCAAUGGGUCCCAUGGGUAGUCGUAUGUUAUGGAUUCAACUUCUAAAAAGCGAUGUACUAUUCUAUGUAUGGACAUGUGGAGAAACUAGCUGAAGAGAUAAAGAAGGGAGCUGCAUCUGUUGAAGGAGUAGAAGCCCAGCUAUGGCAGGUCCCGGAAACACUAUCUGAUGAAGUUCUCACAAAAAUGAGUGUGCCUCCAAAGAGUGAUGUGCCCAUUAUCACUCCUAAUCAACUCUCGGAGGCUGACGGUUUCAUAUUCGGCUUCCCUACAAGGUUCGGCAUGAUGGCUGCACAAUUCAAAGCAUUUUUUGAUGCUACUGGAGGCCUAUGGAAAGCACAGCAACUCGCUGGCAAGCCUGCUGGGAUCUUCUACAGCACUGGAUCUCAAGGCGGCGGCCAGGAAACUACAGCAUUGACUGCUAUCACUCAGCUUGUUCACCACGGCAUGAUUUUAUUAAUUGAUCUUUGAUGCAACUCUAAAUCAACUUGUAUUGGUGCCUUGCAACGUUGAUGAACAUUGGAUUUUGACAGUCAUUCAACCUUUCAAAGAUCGUGUCUAUUUGAUGGAUCCGCUUUCAUUGAAUUGCACUUAUGUUGUUCCAGUUUCAUAAAUCUGAGUAUUCUCAAUGUGAGAUUGACGAGGUUCGUGAGGAUUGGGCUUCUUGUGUGAUCCAUGAGGUUUGUCAAAUAAUCCAUAAUAUUUAUAUCUCACUAUUAUAAUAUCUAAAUAAUGCAUAUAACUCUUUAAACUAUUUUGCUUUGUAGAUUGACAAGUGAAAGGACAAUAUUGGUUUAUGAAGACCUUCGUUAGUUUUGGAUAUGAUGUUCCAACGGCUACUAUUUCAAGCUUUUUUUGUUUGUAUUAGUUUAGAGUGGAUUCAAACAUUAACCCAAGCUUUUAGGAUAUGGAUGUAAGAUUGUUAAUAUUGGAUAAUUAAUGUAUGGAUAUGUUAUUGAGGAUUUAAAUUAUGUGUUGAAAUGUUACAUU